CAAUCAAACAAUCCACAAAGAAAGAAUAAGAAAUAGAGGUUUAAUUAUUAUUAGAUUAUUGUUUUUUUUAAAGAAUCUGAAAAUUUAGUUUAACAAAGGGAUUUAGCCUAAAUGUUUAAUAUAAAAGAGAAUAUCCAAACUGAUUUUUUGGAUGAGCAACAGGGCUCUUAAAUAUUUAAAGAAAAGAAGAUUUUUAAGACAUUAGCCUAAAGACUUCUAUUGCAAUUUAAUUCAAAGAUUUUAAAUAAAAUGUAUUAGUUGAGAUGCUAUUCUAAAGAGCAGUUGUUGUAUUAUCGUUUCUUAUUUUUUUUAAACACCAUAAUUUACUUAUUUAUUAUAUUGCGCUUUUUUAUAAUGACUAAUAAAUCUGAUUGCUCUGAUUCUUAAAUAUAAUAACAAUAUGAAUAGUGUAGUUAGAAUAUAGGCCCUACUUAGAUUUAAAUUAUAGUGGUUCUUGCUAUUUUGAUUAUUUUGAAUAUUUUAACAAUAAUAUAUGCUCCUAGAUUAAGUCCUUUUUAAUUGAAUGUCUACAUAUUUAUUUAGCAGCUCUAUAAUUGUUGCUUUUUAGUUUUUAAAGUUGAUAACUACACAAGCAAGUGCUUGACGACUAGUUAAUCUGGAAUAUGCAUUAACUUAUAUUUGUUGAUCUUAGUUUUCUUAAAUAUAUUUGCAUUAACCUAUUGGAUAUUUAAGUGUGCUUUGUUUUCAUCUUUAUUUUGUAGCUUAAUGAUAAAUUAAUACCAAAAAUUCUAAAUAGUGGAUAUAUCAAUUAGUUCAGUAUUGAUUUUAAUCUCUCUUACUUCAAUUUAUUAUCAUGAAUCAUUAAAAAAAAAGGAUUUCUAUAAAAAUUUUAGCACCCAAAAAAAAUGGUAAAGGUGGUUGUAGAUAUUCUAGUAGAGAUUACCGUUUCCAACUAUUGUGCUUACAGCAGAUUAAGAUAUAUAGGAUGAUUUUAAAGUUACUUUUGUAAAUGAUUAAUUUAAAUCAUGCUUUAAUAUUCCUCAAGACAAUGUGUGUCCAAUUAAUUUGAAUAGAAGUUAAUAUAAGUCUAGUAGCUUUUUAAAUUUACAAUAAUCAAUAUAAAGCAUUUUAUAAUCUGUGUUUGUACCAUUAAACACUGAACAAAUAAAUGAUUCUUUUACAUAUUAAUAGAAAAGUUAAUAAUAAGGAGGAGAAACAUAUAUUUAAAAAUUCAAGGCUUCACUUAUUGAAAAGAUAUAUCGUAAAGUAGAAUUAGCAAAGCCUGUGUCAAAAAGUAAUGAAGCGAUUAAUUAAAAAUCAAUGACUUCAUAGGCAUACAGCUUAAAAAAAGAUAGCUCAAGAAAAAAUAAAAAAGAAAUACAUGUAAUAUAAACAAAUUAACAGACUCCUUCAAUUUUUGAAAAAAAUCCUUAAAGCAUGGUAUUUAGUUAAAAUAUUUUACCUCUGUCUUCUAAAGCUAACUAAUUUGAAAAUAAAUUUCUGCAAAUAUCUCUGAUGGAGCUUAUAGUCUUAUUUAUGAAUGAUUGCUAAAAAAGAAUUUCACUUUUUUAAUAGAUUAGCGAUUAGCAAGAUGAUCUGGUGUAUUCUAAUUGUAUUUACUCCCCUAUGCAAAAAGAAGCUUAAAAUAGAUAAAAUACAUAGAAAGGCUAAAAUAGCGAGCCAGAAGAAAAACAUUUGGAUGUGCAUAUAGUUGAUUGCUAUGAAGAUAAUCAAGUUAAUAUAAUGAUAGUCUUAAAUGACAUAUCUAUGAAAUAUGACAAUAAAAGACUCUAUGAAAUGAAUAACUAUAAGGAUAAACUAUUAGCUACUGUUUCUCAUGACUUAAAAACUCCACUCAGUGCCAUGAUUUCUUUGGUCGAAAGCUGCUUUAUUAGUAUAAAAGACGAGGAAAUAAAGAAAAUAUUGUAAGACACACUUAAAGUAUCUGAUUUAUUGUCUCAUCUUAUUAAUGACAUACAAGAUUAUGGAUAAAUUUAUAAUUGCUCUUUAAAGCUUUAACUAAACAAAUUUAACAUCAAAGAUUGUUUGAAAGAAAUUUUGGAUAUAUUUGAAGUGAAAAAGCGGAAAGGAAUUGAAUUAGUUCUUGAUUUUGAGCCUAGAGUAAAUGUAGGAAAUGCUGAUAUUUACUAAAUACACAGUGACUCAUAGAGAUUAAAGCAAAUUCUUCUCAAUUUAAUUGGAAAUGCAAUAAAAUUUACAAUGAAAGGAUCUAUAAAAGUUUUCUUUGAAAUUAGCUCUGAUUAAGAAACUAUAGAAAUUACUGUCACUGACACAGGCAUAGGCAUACCUUAAGAAAUAUAGCAAAAAUUAUUUAAAGAAUACAACACAUUCGAUACACCUUCAGGUUUAAAUAGAAAUGGAGUUGGACUGGGAUUAUAUAUGAGCAAGAAAUUAGCAGGAUUAUUAGGUCCUUCUGAAAAUAUAAAACUUGUUAGUAAGGAAGGCGAGGGUUCUUCUUUUUCUUUUGUGAUUUUCAAAAAUUUGCAAGAGAAACUUAAAGAGAGAGCAAAACUGGAGCAAGCUUAGCAGGCUAUAAAUUGCAACAACUAAAUCGUAAGCGAAAACAAAGAACAAAUAUUUGGUGAAGAAGAUAUUUCAGAUGAGCAGAACCAAUAAUAAUCUAUGAUAUCUGAAUUUAAUUAAUAUAAUUUCCAACAUUUAUUCUAAAAAAGUAAGUUCAGCUUAACAAAUCUGAGUAAAUCUCCUACAUUCAUCUAGCUUUCUUAAACAGAGAACUGGUAAAAUAGCUAAAAGUAUUUUAAAAAUCAGAGAUACUUUUAGACAUCAACAAACAAUACAUUUAUUAAAUCCUAUCUUAACACCAGUAGUGAGGUUGUUAAAGGCAUAAAAAAUUCCCCUAAUUUCAAUUUAUCUGAAAAAAAUAAUCCCUAAGAUUGCGAAUAACUGAUAAAUCUUAGCCCUUAAAAUACUACCAUAAAGAAUUUAAAUUAAUCAAGUUCUUUUGAUAAUUCUCGUUUAAACCUGAAUUCAAAUUUAAAAAAUAUGGUUUACUCACAACUCAAGUUCAACAAUAGCAAUAAUGCUAUGAAUUUAUCUUCGCUUUAAUUUUCUCCUUAAUAUCAUUCAUAAUAUAAAUUAAAAACAAAGAAUAUUCUAUUUUCUAACAUUGAUAGAGAUAUUGAGAAUUCUUUUGUUGAAAGUUAAAAUAUUCUUAUAAAGACUCCAGAAUAAAGUGGAAUGUAAUAUUUAAACAAAGAAAAUAACAACAUGACUGAUAACUUAAGAGAUAGGUUUGUAGGAGGAUUAGAAGCCAUUCAGUCAUAGCAUUCAUAGUCUCCCACAAUUAUCCUUGAUAAGUCACAAUUUUAAAAAGAAUCUUAAGUUAAUCAAGACUAUUUAAAUAAGGAAGAAGAUAAUGAUUUAGAUAAAUAAAAAUACUUUGCUCAUAGAAUCACCUUUGAGUGCUUAAAUCCAGUCAACAAUAGAAAUAAUUUUAGAGAAUAAUAAUAAUCUUCGUCAUCUUUGAAUACUUAGAUGCUAAAAGACCUUAAACAAACUAACUUAGAAGUCUCUGAUAUGUCUUAUAUUCAUACAAAUGAGUAUUCGAAUUCUGUAUUAAAUUAAAUUUUUUCUAAAGAAACUCAUAUACUUGUUGUUGAUGAUGAAGAAAUAAGUCACAAAGUCUUUUAGCAUUAAUUUAAACAAUUUUCUACUGUAAAAAUACACAGUGCUUAUAAUGGUGAAGAAGCUAUUAGUAAAAUAUUACAUAACGAAAAACUAAUAAGCUAAUAUAAUUAGCAGAGAAAUAAUGAAGGGAGUGAUAGCUUUUUGUACUAAAGCUAAAAUGUUGACAAUUUUGAUUAAAUUGAAUCAGUUUAAAACAAGAAAUCUCAAUUUUACUAAAGUAAUUUUGAAGAAGAAAAAAAAAAUAAAGAGAACUAUAAUAUCAACUUGAGCUCAUUAGAUAGCAGUAUUAAUAACAGUAUAAACUCUACAGAAAAAGAAUGUAAAUACAUUCCUGAUGAAAAAAUGAAUGAAAAUCUAAACAUAAACUAAAUUGCAAAUAGAAAAUACGAAUUGAACUUCAACAACAUUGCAUAAAUAAAUUAAACUAGCCUUGAUAAAAGUUAUAAUAUUUUUUAGUAAACAGAUUCUCCCAUAAAUAUUUCAGAGCAAGCAUAAAAAACUUAAGAAUAAGAAAUCUAGAAAUUUUAGACAAAUAAAAAUAACUAAUAAAAAAUAAUUAAAAACGAAAGUAAAAAAUUAUUAGUAAAUUAAGAGCUAAAGCUAUAGUAGCCAUAACAAUUUAGUUAUAUAUUUAUGGAUUAUAGUAUGCCAUUAAUGGAUGGACUGUAAACAAUAUAAAAAAUAAGGUAAUUGCAGUCUGAUAAGUUAAUUACCUAACAAAUAUUUAUCUUCAUGGUUUCAGGAUAUGACUAAAAAUCAGAUGCAAAUGAAUUUUUAUCAAAUGGAGCUGAUGGAAUUAUAUCAAAACCCGUUAGUCAACUCAAAAUAGCAUAAGCCUUUAAUUAAACUCAUAGUUCUAUAUGAAGAAAAUCCAAAAUAAAUUUAUUUUUAAUUUCAAAAAUACUAAUAUAAUUCUAACCUUAAAAUAGAUUAGAAAUUAACCAAAAUUUUCAAAUAAUAUUUGAUAAAAUCUCAAACCUCCCUAGGCAAAUAAUAAAUAAAUAAAUAAUAAUUUAAUAGAUAUUUUUAAUUUAAUCUUCAUUUUAUAACCUAUUUGGUGAAUUAAUUGUAGAUUGUAAAUAAAUCUAUAUUUACUAGAGGAAUUAUCACUAUUCUUUUCUUUGAAAACAUUAAUUUAUUAUUCUUAAUUGACCUUAAAUUACUUAUAUAAGAUAUUUAUUAGAGUAAUUAAUAUACAUUAAUCUUUUGAAAAAUUUUAUAUUUAUUCUUAGUUUACCUUAGAUAACAUACAAUAAUAAAGAACUUAUUGC